UGUCAGAGAGCUGGGAGGAGUUGGUGAGUCAUUGCUCCAGUCCAGCUUUUACUCCAUUGCUAAAGUUGCAGUUUGAACUUUUGGAAAGUUAGGAGGAGGUUGCAGGACACCGCAGAAAACUUGUAGCUGCCUUUGGCCAGACCUCUAAGUAAGUCAUGGCUCUGGCUUAUGGAGGCUCUUCUGGAUACACCCUUCGGACUGAGGGCAAGUUGCGACACCAGAGAAACAUGAAAACCUGGCCCUUGGACCCGGAGCUGAAGCUGGGAACUGCUGUGCCCUUUUUGGGCAAAUACCGGCCAUUUGUUGGCCGCUGCUGUCAAAGGUGCACUCCAAAGAGCUGGGAAUUAUCCUUCCACAAGAACCUUACCUCUCUGGGAUUUUGCAAUGUCAUUAAAAUAACGGAAGAAAACACCAGGUACAGAGGCUGGCUGGUAAGGAGGCUCUGCUACUUCCUCACAGUGUGGAACUGGAAACUUUGUACUGAUACCCCCAGUGAUCUGCAGGAAAAAAUAUUCCACAGCAAGAGGGUACAGGACAUUGUGUGCCAGAAGGUGCUUCAGAGCAAGGGCAAUGCACCGGGGACCAGCAUCUGUGCCACACAGUGGAUGCGGAAUGUCCAGAGGAUCCUCUGCCAGAUACAAGCCUCUCUCUCUCCUUUCCUGCUGAGGCUCAGCCACUGGGUUCUGCUAAAACUUGUGAACCAGAUGUUCCUCGGUGUCAUACUCCACAAAGGGCAACUGGAGAUGGUGCGCAGGGCUGCUCAGGUGCCUGAUGUUCCAGUGGUGUUUCUGUCAACCCACAAAUCUCAGCUGGACAGGCUAUUGCUUCCUCUCCUUCUAGUCUCACAAGGCCUAGGCAUGCCCAGAGUGACUUAUGAAUGCAAAACUUAUACUCCAACGUACAGGGCUCUGCUGGCUCGCUUAGGAGGGGUAUUCAUGUCACAAGGAGUGGAACUGGCCUGCGACAGCGACCAAGGGGCCCUCUCCAGGGCUGUGCUAGCUUCAUAUGUCGAGGAACUGCUCCGAAGCAGGCAACCACUUGUGAUCUUCCUGGAAGAGGCCUCCUCCGGUUCACUGCAGCUCUCAGCCUCCAGCAGGGAGUGGCUGAGCUUGGUGUUCAGUACUUUCCAUGCAGGCACUGUCCCCGACGUCAUGAUGGUACCCAUUGGAAUCUCCUAUGAUGUGGCUCCCGACUCCAUUCACAGGGGGAAAGUGGGCCCCACCCAGACCCUCAGUCUCUGGACAUCCUUCUGGACCAUCUGCCGAGCUGCUUGUUGGGGACUGGGCUGUGUCCGGGUGGAUUUUGCUCAGCCCUUCUCUUUGCAGGAGUACGUCUCAAACAACCUCUUCACACAGAGCGGCUCUAGGAAGUGUCUGGAGGAGCUCCUCUUGCCAGAAAUACUUGGCAAACGCUCCAGCGUGCUGGAUUAUGAGAAACUGGAACAAAGGUCACCAGGCUCCAAAGGCAUCGUGGCACUGAAUGUAGAGCAGGAAAUCUUGGUGUACCGUUUGAGCCUCCACACGCUGAGCGCUGGUGUAUCCUGUUCCGCCAUCACGGCCGUUGAGAUCAUGUCCACGCUUCUGCUCCACAAGCACAAAGAGGGUGUCUUCCUUUCCCGACUGAUGCAAGAAUUUGUCUGGCUUACGGAAGAGAUCCUGCUGCGCAACUACGAUGUGGGGUUUUCUGGGCAAGUGCGCCAUGUGGUGCUGCAUGCCCUUUUCCUGCUGCGGCGCUGCAUCUCCCUCCAUCGCCUCUCCCUGGGGGAUGUCCUCGUGGCUCCCAGGAGGACCGAGGCAGCCGUGGCAGAGCUGAGCCAGCACAGCGCCGUGCUCCUUCCCGUCUUCAUCCAGGAAGCAGUGGGGGCCUGUGCUGUCAACGCCCUCCUGGUGGAGCUGCUGCCUUACCUGGGGAGUCCUGAGCAGCUCAGAGAUGCUGUUCUGGUCCAGGAAGAGAUGCACAACAAGACCCUCUUGCUGGUCCAGCUGCUGCCCAGAGAUUUCCUCCUCUGCCAGCCUUGCCAGUCUCUGUAUAACUACUGCCAAAUUGCCGUGGACAAGCUGGUCCAGUGUGGAUUGCUGGUUGCUGAGGAGACGCCCAGCGACCUCUUGGUGUGCGAUACAGCCCAGAAACGUUUCCCUAAGAAGCUGCUGUGGAAGGCGACAGAUGACUUCAAUGACAGCGACAGCGACUAUGGGGAAGAAGCUGGAAAUCACCACUUCAAAAUAAGCCAGCUGGAAACGUGCUCCAACCUCUUUGUGUUCCUCUGCUCUCUUCUGAGCCCUUUGCUGAAGACCUUGGAGGGAGCCGCUGCCUUCCUCAGCGAUUUGGAGCCCCAUCAGCCAGAGUCCCAGUACUUGGAGAAGCUGUACCAGUUCUUGGCCAGGACAGCAAACGAGGACUCUUCCUUUGAAUGUGCCUGCAGAACUCUGACUGCCAUCUCCGUCCGCAUCUACAAGGAACUGGGGGUGCUGAGUGAAGUACCAGGGCAAAGGGAGCCCCUUCUCUGCCUCUCCGAGACCUUCAUUGCCAAAGAAAACCAAGAGAAGCUGAAGAAAUUCAUCCAGCAGUUUAUCUACAGCUAGCCUCUCAAAGGUGCCUUGUGUGGCAUUCCAAAAGGGUAGUUUCUGCUUCCUCGGACUGUGUGUUUUUGGGGGUGAGGGGGGAGUAAUUAAAACAUGCCACUGCAUGUUCUCUCAAAAGUGUGAUACUUGAAAUCUGAGUUGUAAAGCGGCCUCUCAUGUCAGGACUUUAUCGGUAUUGAGGCAGAUUAGUAAAUAAAUAAAAUCCAUUCAUAUCCAGUUAUUAUGAGUGUAGUUUGUAUGGAUUUUGCUUUAUUUGUAUUGCAAUUUUAUUGCAA